AUUGCAAUAGUCGAUUCUUCCAAAUUUCCAGUUCACCACGCGCACAAAACAAGCUCUCUUCUUUUUGCAGAAGAAAGAGAGGAGCAGCAGCAGAGCAAGACAAAAACCCCUAAAACCCUGUGAACUGAAGCAAAGCCGAAACCUUGGAAAAGAAAACCAGACGUCUCACAAACCUCGUCCUCUUCCCGAUUGAUGAGACUCCCGUAGAAGCCGCCUUGAAGCCACGGAGAAAGAUGAAGACUUUGAGAGCGCUCAGAACUCUCGCCGCUCCCCGCACCGGGCCCCACCCAUCCAAUUUCACCUCACCCACCUUCUUCCUCCGUCCCUAUUCGGCCCAGCCUCAGGAGGACUCCGACCACAACGACUCCGAUUCCGUCUUCAACAGUGCCGAUUACGCCAUCCCCACCGGCGUCUCUCCUUCGGGUGCCGGCGACGACCGCGCCCCUCCACAGCCCACGUGGAGCGACGAGCACAGGAGGAGAGCUGAUCAGGUGUUGUUUGGUGAUAAGCCCAUGAGGGUUCUGGAGGUGGAGGAGGAUGUGGAGGAGGAGAAGCGGAGAGUGCUCGCCAAGAUGCUGCUUGAGGCUGCCUUGGGGGAUCCGGAUGAUGAAGACUACAACGACGAGGAGAAGGCGGUGAGGGAGGAAGAUCAGAAGUCUUUGGCCGUAGGGAUAAUCGGCGCUCCCAAUGCCGGGAAGUCCGCUCUCACUAAUUAUAUGGUUGGCACAAAGGUUUCUGCUGUCUCACGGAAAACGAAUACAACAGUUCAUGAGGUGUUAGGAGUCAUGACAAAGGGAGACACUCAAAUAUGCUUCUUUGACACCCCCGGGCUUACACUGACUUGCAGUGGGUUUCCCCAUAAGGACUUGAAAGCACGCGUUGAAAGUGCUUGGAGUGCAGUUAAACUCUAUGAUGUUCUCGUAAUCUUAUUUGACGUUCAGAGGCAUCUUAGCAGACCUGACAUAAGGGUAACUAAAUUGAUUGAACGAAUGGGAGCUCAAGCUCACCCUGGACAAAAACGGGUGUUAUGCAUGAACAAGAUUGAUUUAGUGGAGAAAAAGAAGGACCUCCUACAGGUUGCGAACCAAUUUAAAGAUCUUCCUGGUUAUGACAGGUAUUUCAUGAUAUCUGGGCUGAAGGGUUCUGGGGUGAAAGAUCUUUCUCAGUAUCUUAUGGAGCAGGCAGUUCAAAGACCUUGGGAUGAAGAUCCAAUGGAGAUGAGUGAGGAAAUCAUGAAAAACAUUUCCUUGGAAGUUGUGAGAGAGAAGUUGUUGAACUACAUACACCAGGAAAUUCCCUAUGAGAUUGAGCAUCGCUUGAUGGACUGGAAAGAGUUGCGAGAUGGUUCUCUGAGGAUUGAGCAGCACCUCAUUACCCACAAGCAAAGUCAACGCAAGAUUUUGGUUGGAAAGAAAGGCUCUAAAAUAGGAACGAUAGGGAUCGAAGCAAAUGAAGAGCUAAGAUCCAUCUUCAAGAGAGAUGUCCAUCUCAUUCUCCAGGUUAGAGUAAAGUGACACCAGUUGCAUCAAGAUGAUUUCUACAGCCGGAUCUUGGACUUGCCGUCCUAGUGGUGGGUACACAAGGAAAGUUUUUCAUGAUGCAUCCACACCAUACUUCAUGUCACGAGUCUUGUGACAAGCAGCAGUCAACCAUGGCAAUUGUUGUGCAACCAUUCCACUGUGAAGACGGUGGUCAACAAGGCGGGACAAGAUGCCGAUGCAAAUUCCUAAGAGGGGAUAUGCCCCCAUGACACUCUUGGAGAAAGUUCAAGAUGGAAUGCCUCCUCUAAUAGUUUGUUGCUGUAUUGUUCUUGUCCGUUGUUUUGUUUUUAGUCAGGGUUGAUGAAAGUCCAUCUAUUUUUUUGU